CUCUCCCGUCCCAUCUCUGCACCGCACGCCCUUAGACUCGCAGACCGCCGAGCCAUGGAGAUGCGGUCUGGGCGGCCCCAGCUGUUCUGGCUGCUGCUGCUCUGCGACGCCUGUGCCCACGUGUGUGGCUGCAAUGAGACCCGGAUGCUGGAGAGGCUGCCCCGGUGCGGGAAGACCUUUGCUGAGAGGAUGCGCGAUGUGGCCGUCUGGAAGUGGUGCGACCUGUCCCAGUUCAUCGUGUUCUAUGAGAGCUUUACCAACUGUACCGAGGAGGAGACCAUCGUCGUGGGCUGCUACUGGCCCAACCCACUGGCCCAGGGCUUCAUCACCGGUGUUCACCGGCAGUUCUUCUCCAACUGCACGGUGAACAGGGCCCACUGGGAGGACCCGCCCGAUGAGGUGCUCAUCCCGCUGAUCGCGGUGCCCGUCCUGCUGACCGUGGCCAUGGCUGGCUUGGUGGUGUGGCGCAGCAAACGGGCGGACCAGUUGCUGUGAGCGCGGGCCGGGCCUGCUGGAGCUCUCAACGUCAUUGCCAUCAUCGUCAAGGCUGAUACCCUUCUUCCCAGGUUGGCGCUGUCCCUGGUGGCAGCUGGCUGGGACUUCAUGCUUGCCCUCGUGUCAGAGCUUGUGUGCCAAGCAUUGCAUCUCACACCGUCUGCUGCUGAGCCUUGUGGUCCCUGUGCUGGAGAGGGUGGGCGAGGGCCCUGGGUGAAGGACGGGCCAGGAGCCCCCGAGCCCCGAGCGAUCUGCCUCUCUGCUCCCUCACUGCCUGGGCUGGCAUAGGGAAGCCAGCCCCUCACAGGGCCUCCUUCCUGGGGUACUUGAGAGCCUGUGGUCCUGCGCUGUGUCUGCUGCCAGCUGUCCUUUCUCUGAGUAAAGAGUCUGUGUCCAUACCUUCA